AUGGACGUCGUGAGACCAACGGUGGAGAUUCCACCGCGAAAGCUUCUUUUGUCUUCCAAGUCCUUUCCUGCGGAUGCUUCCCCUCGCUCUUCGCCGCGUAAACAUAACUGGAACAAGAGUAACAAGAUUACAUCUGAGCAUGAAGAGGACAGCUUCAACGAAGACAACAACAAGGAGGUGAAGGAGUAUUGUUAUGAUUCCGACACUGAUGAUCCUUACGCAAGCGAUCAUUUCCGGAUGUUUGAAUUCAAGAUCCGACGUUGCACCCGUAGCCGAAGCCACGAUUGGACUGAUUGUCCCUUUGCUCAUCCCGGAGAGAAAGCUCGGCGUCGUGAUCCUCGUCGGUUUCAAUACUCCGGUGAGGUUUGUCCCGAGUUCCGUCGCGGUGGUGAUUGUAGCCGUGGAGAUGACUGUGAGUUUGCUCAUGGAGUCUUUGAGUGUUGGCUCCAUCCUAUUCGUUACCGUACCGAAGCUUGUAAAGACGGUAAACACUGUAAAAGAAAAGUAUGUUUCUUUGCUCAUUCGCCACGUCAGCUUAGGGUUCUUCCUCCAGAAAAUGUUUCCGGCGGUUCAGCGUCCGCGUCCCCGGGGAAGAAUCCGUGUUGCCUGUUUUGUAGCAGCUCUCCCACGAGCACUCUUUUGGGUAAUUUGUCUCAUCUUUCUCGAUCACCGUCUCUGUCUCCACCUAUGUCCCCUGCCCACAAAGCCGCUGCCUUUUCUCGUCUGAGGAAUCGCGCCGCUUCUGCCGUUUCAGCUGCUGCAGCCGCUGGUUCGGUUAACUAUAAAGAUGUUUUAAGCGAGUUAGUGAAUUCAUUGGAUUCCAUGAGCCUAGCGGAAGCGCUACAGGUGAGUUCCUCUUCACCGGUUACAACGCCAGUUUCUGCAGCGGCUGCGGCGUUUGCCUCGUCCUGCGGUUUGAGCAAUCAACGUCACCAUCUCCAGCAACAGCAGAGCAGUCCUUUACAAUUUGCUCUUUCGCCUUCCACUCCAAGUUACCUGACAAACUCACCGCGGGCUAACUUUUUCAGCGAUGAUUUCACUCCUCGCCAGAGACAGAUGAACGAUUUUACCGCGGUGGCUGCGGUUAGGGACAAGACUAGCUUUGAGGAUGGUUCGUGUGUCGACCCUGAUCUAGGAUGGGUGAAUGAUCUCUUGACUUGA